AUGAAAAAUAACAAUAAUGAAGUGCUUUUAUAUAAGAAGAAGGAUAUAAUAGCUAUUCAGAAAAAACUUGGUAUUAAUGCUAAUGCAAAUCAAACAGCAAUAUAUCAAAAUAAGAAAGUAAAACCACUUGCUGAUACAUAUGAGUUGUUGUUAAAUUUGGUGGAGGGUAUAAUACCAAUACAGGAGGAACUUGACAUCAAUGGCAAUUCUAUUCUAGCAGUGAAAUAUCAAAGCAAUAAAGCUUUUACAGAUAUAUUACUUGCAGAAAUAUAUAAUUUGAUUUUAUAUUUGAAAGAGAAUAUAAUGGCAAUUCAAAAAGAACUUGGUAUUAUUGGUUAUACUAAUCAAAAGAUGGUAAAAGAAACUGAUAAAAAUGCAAGAGCAUAUCUCCAAAAAUUUGAUUAUUCCAAGUGUGGUAUUAAAAAAAAUUUGUGA